AUGGCUGAGUCUAGCACUCGUCCCUCGGUGUCUCUGCCUCAGGGCCAAGUGAUCGGAAUCCAACUUAACGAAUCAUUCCCCUUGGUCGUUGAUGCCUUCUUGGGGGUUCCAUAUGCGCUUCCCCCGUUGGAGAAAGACGGUUUAGGCCGGCAUUCAAGCUCCCAGCAUCUACCGAAACAAUUGAUGCGUCCAAAUAUGGCCCGGCUGCUCCAGGCAAGGCCUUGCUCGCCGGUGGACCAAAACUGGAACAAAAAGAAGACUGCCUCACUGCAAACAUUUUCCGGCCAGCUGGAAUAA